AUGCUAAUCAGUGUUGAAAUUAAGAGAUCGAAACUAUUCAUAACAAGCAAUUGGGUUAGUAGGAACUUUAGAUUCCAUCCAAACUUGUAUAAUGAUAGCAGAAAUCAUAAACCAAAAAAUACUUCAGGUUUAUUAUCAAUUAAAUCCUAGUAAUUAUUGAUAUAAUAAUCAGAGACAAUACUAGAAUUGAUUAGGAAUCCCCUUUGAUUGGAAUCAGAAUUAAUUUGACUUAUAAUCCAACAUGAG